UUGAUUUAUACUUUAGGUGAUCCUGAUGCAGCAAUAUCCACGCUACCACUUCAAAUACGAAGUGAAGUGCUGAAUGAAACGACAAUACCGGAAGUUUGCGUGUUGGCCAAAGUUUGUUCAAAUGAUUCAGAUUGUGCUGAGGGCCAGUGUGUGGGUAUAGCAGUUGGCAAAUGCAACUGUGCAGCAUGCAUUCCAUUUUUAAGUUGCACAUCAGACAUGGACUGUGGCGGUUUACAAAAUUCUUGCAAUAGUGAGAAUUACUGUAACUGUGAGCAAGCUGGUUUUGCGAAUACUGUUGAUGCAUGGUUCAAAUUGUGCAACCAAGUAGCGUGUUAUAAGGACUCGGAUACAUGUUUUGGACUUCCAUGCAACACCGGCACGUGUAUCUGUCCUGUUGGGCCGGAUUCUGCUUUACAAAUACAUUACUAA